UUUAUAUUAACUUCUUUACACAAUAUUCUACUUACAAUCAUGUUGUAAUUUAUAUUAAUGUCAUGUGUAUUAUUUAUUUUAUGGUUAGUUUCUCUUCUGAUUUUUAUUUCUUAUGGUAUAUGCUUCAGAAUAAGUAAUAAUUUGAAACCUAUUUCCUCUUUAAAGUUUUACUCCAAAAUUAAUGAUUUAAAUGUAUUAAAUGAAACCAUUUACGGACUUAGUUCUGGUGUUCCGGAAGGUGGCUGUGCCGUUGCAGUCAUCAGAAUAUCCGGGCCUAAUUCCUUGCAUACACUAAAUUUACUCACUAAAAACAGUGAUAAUGUACCAUAUAAACCUAGAUUUGUUAAAUUGUGUAAAUUAUAUUCAUUGAUCAACAAUAAUUUGAUUGAUGACGCUUUAACUCUUUAUUUUAAAUCUCCAAAUUCCUAUACUGGGGAUGAUGUAGUAGAGAUUCACACACACGGUAACGAAGUUAUAAUUAAAGAAUUAUUUGACAACUUUCGUCACAUUGCCAAUAAUUACAACAUCAAACUGAGGCAGGCAGAAAAGGGCGAAUUCACUAGAAGAGCUUAUUACUCAAAUAAAUUGAACCUAAUACAGGUCGAGAGUAUUAAUGAACUAAUAAGAUCGAAGAAUUACAUCCAGAAACAAAAUUCUAUGUUAAAAUUAAAUAACAGUUUGUGUGAAAUAUAUAAAAGAUGGAGUAACGAGCUGAUUGAUAUAAUAUCAAAAGUGGAGGGCUCCAUCGAUUUUCAGGAAGAGAGUUGCAGUGACAUUAUCCUCAAAGAUAAAAGUUCAAUUUUGAAUCCCAUACAAAAUCUUACAGAAGAAAUAUUCAAAUUCAUUAAUGACAAGAAGGAGACUAUAGUUGACGGUAUUAAACUUCUAUUACUAGGGCCAACAAAUUCAGGGAAAAGUAGUUUUAUAAACAACUUGUUCAAUGAUGAUAUCAGUAUUGUGUCAAACAUUCCUGGCACCACUCGUGAUUUAAUUAGAGUUAAUUACAACCUUGAUGGCUUGAAUUACCAAAUUACAGAUUCUGCCGGAAUCAACAACCGCAUAUUAGACGGAGAUACUAAUGCUACAGAAUCUUUGGAUAAUGAUACUAUUGAACUCAUUGGUAUCAAAAAAGCCCUCAAUGAAAUUGAAACUUCGAAUGUAAUUCUUUUCCUGUUUGAUCCAGUGAACGUAAAUGAUUCGUUUAGUUCAUUACAACUAUUUUUAAAUCUUUUAAAUGAAAUUAAGAUCUUUUAUUCCCAUACAUGUAAUUCCCUCAGCAAUACUACUACUCCAUCUAUUCCUGUUACUGACACUGAGGGCAACAUAUCUGAUCAUGAUCACCAUGGUCUAAACGGUGUUUGUAAAAAACUGGUUUAUGUUUGUAUAAAUAAAACUGAUUUGAUAGAGAACGUUAAUUAUUACAAAAACGCAAUCUUGGAUUUUUUAAAUAAUUAUAAGGCUAAAAACACUAACGGUGCAAAAUCAACUGUUCUUUUUGAGGAUAAUCUGAAGAUAUUAGAAAACACUAAUUUAGAUAGGAAUGUUGUUAGAAAUGUAAUAAAUUUGAUAAAUGAAGACAUAGUUAACAAUUUUAAUCUGAAUUCUAACUCGGUUUUCAUUGACAACCAGCGUCACAAAUCUCAUUUGAACAAUAUAAUAAAGCAUUUAAAAACAAUCAAAGAGUUACUAGAUUCAUCAAAUUAUGACUUGGAGAUCAUAUCAGAAUAUUUGAGGGAAUGCGUUUACGAAAUUGAAUUUAUUAUUGGAGAACGUACUGACGACUAUAUACUCAAUAGAAUUUUUAAUUCUUUCUGCAUUGGGAAAUAGAUCAUAAAUACCAUAUUUUCCAGAUUAAAUUAAGCAAACUUUUCAGCCUAUAUUAAGUAAAUAAUGUUUUGAG